AUGUGUUCGAAUAAAAAUGCACCCAGAAUCAUGGUAUUCAGACCAACAUGGAAAGAAUUUCAAAAUUUUAGCAGCUAUAUUGAGCUGAUGGAAUCGCAAGGUGCUCAUAAGGCCGGGGUGGCAAAAGUUAUCCCACCACCUGAGUGGAUACCUAGAAAAAGAAGUUAUUAUGAAGAUGAUAUUAUGAAUUUGAAAAUUCCAGCUCCAAUAUGUCAAGUUGUACAAGGUAAACAAGGACUUUAUCAACAACUUAAUAUACAAAAGAAACCUAUGACAGUAGGAGAUUACAAGUUAAUAGCUGAAUCUGAUGAGUAUAAGACACCUAACCAUUUUGAUUAUGGGGACCUUGAAAGAAAGUAUUGGAAAAAUAUAAUUUACAAAUCCCCAAUGUAUGGUGCAGAUGUAUCAGGAUCGAUUACCGAUAAAGAUGUUAAUGUUUGGAAUAUUAACAAACUAGGCACAAUACUGGAUUAUGUAAAUGAAGAUUAUGGAAUCAGUAUUGAAGGUGUUAAUACAGCUUAUCUGUAUUUCGGUAUGUGGAAAACUUCUUUUGCAUGGCAUACUGAAGACAUGGAUUUGUACAGUAUAAAUUAUAUACAUGAAGGAUAUCCGAAGACAUGGUAUGCAAUACCUCCAGAACAUGGUCGUCGCCUAGAAAGAUUGGCUAAUGGUUUUUUUCCAACCGAUGCUUCAACAUGUUCUGCUUUUCUGAGACAUAAAAUGACUGUUAUAUCUCCCCAUAUGUUGAAACAAUAUUCUAUACCAUUUAAUAAAAUAACACAAGAGCGAGGUGAGUUUAUGAUAACUUUCCCUUUUGGGUAUCAUGCUGGCUUUAACCAUGGCUUUAAUAUGGCUGAAUCUACAAACUUUGCAUCACCACGUUGGGUGGAGUAUGGGAAAAGAGCUUCACAGUGUCAUUGCCGCCAAGAUUCAGUGAAGAUCAGUAUGGACACAUUUGUUAAACGUAUACAACCUGAAAAGUAUGAAUUAUGGCUACAAGGAAAUGAUAUUGGUACUCAUCCAGAAGAUCCUUCUCGUACUUUAGCAGCACCUUUGCCUAGUAAAUGUGACAUAUUAUGUAACAAGAACAAUACAGGUAUUCCAAAACUUUAUAUUGAAGCUGGUAGAAAACGUCAUCCUGUAACACAUAAAUUUUCAGAUUCUGAGUUGUCUAAUGAUACAGCAAUUGACAAUAAAUGUAUAGAUGUAUCUUCAUCAACAAGUGUACAAGAGAAUGAAAAGGAAUAUGAAGAUGAACAACUCAAUGAUGAACAGAGAGAAGUAAUGGAAGAUAUAUGGCUAAAAGCUGAUGAAAUGGAUGUCACUGAAGUAUCAUAUAAUAAUGGAAGAUCUAGGCUUUUGAAGAAAAAUCAGUCAAUCUUGGAAGAUAUAGAAUUUACGAGUGAUAGUGAUUAUUGUGAUAGUUCAGAAAAAAAAAGUGCCAAAAAAAGAAAGUCUAAAAAACGAGAAACAAAAAAGAAUUCAAAAUCUAAGAAGAAGAAAAUAUCUAAAUCAACUGAGAAAAAAAUUGUUCCUCUUGAUCAAACUAUUGACCAAACGAGUUCAACAACCAUUAGCCUCAAAGAGAGUGAUAAUAGUAUUAAAAAAUUAAUAACUUUAUCAACUAUAAAAUCUGAGAGUUUCAAUUCUUUGAAUAUUAAUAAAAUUACAGAAGAGUCUCGAGUGAAUAGAUAUCUCAAUAAGACUAUUAAAAAUUCAACAGUUUUUAACAAUACCUCAAACAAUGAUCAUUUAUUAUCUAAAAAAUGUGAUAGUGUUAAUAAUAACGCACAUUCAAAAUUAGUUAUAAUAAAACAUGUACCACCAAAUAACUUGGAAAAGCCCAAUUCAUCUCUUACAAGUUUAAAUGCCCAUAUUAAUACAAAAUAUCCACCUAAUUAUAUGUCAAAAGUAUUUAUGACUCCGACUCUAAAAAUAGUAGAUAUAAAAAAAUCUACACAGAAAUUUCCAACUCUUGAACCUAUACAAAUUAAGGAUGCAGAAGAAUAUGUAAUUGAUGGUAUACCAAAUAACAUAUCUGAUAUGAUUAACAAUUGUUGUUCAUUUGAGAUUGAGCAACUAUAUAAUGUAUUUAGAAGUAUGGAUGAUCCAUAUUGUUCAUUGUGUAUGAUGUUUAAUCGUCGUCAUAAGUUAACUUUCAACUUGGAUUGGCAAACCACAGCAACUACUUUCAUGCAUCCAAAGUUACCUGACUUGCAGAAACCUAGCAAUGCAUUAUAUAAACAUGCACUUUCUGGCGGUGAAAAAGUUAAGGCAGAUCUCAUAAGAUGUGAAAAAUGUUAUUUGACAGUUCAUAAAUUGUGUUAUGGUAUUAAUGUAGACACAAGUAUACAUUGGUUGUGUGAUCGAUGCAUGAAAAAUAAGAUGCUUGCUACUUGUGUAUACUGUCCAUUGAAAGGCGGGGCUUUAAAAGAAUUUAAAUUCAAUGCAUGGGCACAUGUUGAAUGUCAUCUACUUGUGCAUGGCAGUAGUCCAUUGACUAGCAAUACUUUUUCAACAGACUUUUCAACUAACCAAAAGUGUGUAAUAUGCAAUUUAACUUGUGGUAGUUGUUUUCGUUGCUCUGAAGGCAAUUGCAAUGCUUGGUUCCAUAUUUCUUGUGGAAUAUUUGCUGGAUUUGAUUAUCAAAUUGAUCGAAAAAACAAGCAUAUUUUGAUCCACUGCAUAAGUCAUUGUCAUGUUCCAGAUAAACAACCGGUAAUUCACUUAAAACAAAAAGUAUGGGCCAGGCACUCGAAACAUAAAAGGAUCACUGAAUGUCAAAUUGUAAACAUUGGUAAAGCUCCUACAUGCAUUAUAAAAUUCUAUGAUGAUACAAUAUCGGACGUUUUUUCAUUAAAUGAAAUUAAGAAUUAUGGAGUAGAAGAUCCUCCAGCCAUUAACACAGAAGUACAGUUAAAAUCUGGUGAAAAAGGUUUAUUCUUGGGGAUAUAUUACAGGACAGUAUAUACAGUUUUAUAUAAUGAUGGCAAAACUGAUUUUAUACACCCUGAGGAUAUAUACAGUGAAGAUGAUCAGGGUAUGGGCCGUUUAAAUCUGCAAGGCAAGCGUGGGUUAAAAAAAUAUCUGAAAGAAAAAAAAUUAACAUGGUUACAGAAAUUUAAUAAUUUAUCCAGCAUUUUAGAAGUUGUAAGCAAUUUAUAG